CUGUGGUUGUCAGUUUGUCUGCGGAUGUUUGAAAGUGACGGAAAUUACAUCAAGUUGUGCGGCUAGGUUCGUGCAGGGGGUCGGUCUACGUCCUGGAACCGCAUCAGGGGGUCGGUGUCAGUCCUGGAACAGCAUGACGGAACCUGAGUGGAGGUUUCCCUGGAGAUAAGGAGCAGCUCUCCUCUCCUCUAGUCGUGGUCAUCUCUCCCUGUUAUGAAUCCCAGCAUGGCCACGGCCCACUGCGAGCGACUGCCCUCUGCAGAACACGAAAUGGACGACUGGCUCUUCCUCUCCUCGGAAUCUGCUGGGCCUGAGGUCCUGGAAGUGAGCCGGGACGUCCAGGAGGCCGUGGACAGAAGCAAACUCAGGUCCAAGUUGGUCUCAGCUUGGAACAGUGUCAAAUAUGGCUGGACCUUGAAGCAGAAAUCAAAAUUCAGCAAGAGCUCUCCUGUGAUCUUGCUUGGAAAAUCCUACGAGCUCAAGGAUCAAGGGGAGAGAGAGCUUUUCCGUGGUUCCUUCGUGUCUCUCCUGUGGUUGACGUACCGACGUGGGUUCCCUGCGCUGGCCGGCUCGUCUCUGACCACCGACAGCGGCUGGGGGUGUGUUCUACGCACGGGGCAGAUGCUGUUGGCACACGGUCUCCUCUUGCAUCUCAUGCCACCAGAGUGGACGUGGUCUGUGACCCACCAUGCGGUCAAAGAUGACAUGGACCUGGAGAGCCGCUCUCCCCACAGAGGACAGAGUUUCCAGGAAGGGCCACGUAAAAGGUGUAGAAAGCUGAGCUUGGGUUCCCUCCUGGACAGACCCAUGGAGGCCACGCACAGAAGAGCCGUGUCGUGGUUUGCAGACAAACCCACUGCCCCUUUUGGAAUCCACCAGCUGGUGGAGUUGGGUAAAAGUUCAGGGAAGAAAGCCGGGGACUGGUACGGUCCUUCCAUCGCGGCGCACAUCCUCCAGAAAGCUGUGGCAGCAUCUGCAGACCUUCCCAAUCUGGUUGUGUAUGUUGCACAGGAUUGCACUGUUUACGUGGCAGAUGUGAAGAGGUUGUGCGAGCGCCCCCCCCCUCAGUCCUGGAAGUCCGUCAUCAUCCUGGUUCCUGUGCGACUCGGAGGACAAGAUCUCAACCCCGCCUACAUCACCUGUGUCAAAAAACUCUUGACACUUCAAUGCUGCAUCGGAAUCAUCGGGGGGAAACCAAAACACUCUUUGUUCUUCGUGGGCUUCCAAGAUGACAAUCUGCUGUACCUGGACCCUCACUACUGUCAGCCCACGGUGGAUAUUACAAAGGAGAACUUUCCCCUGGAGUCUUUUCACUGCAAAUAUCCCAGGAAGAUGUCUGUCUCACGCAUGGACCCCAGCUGCACCAUUGGGUUUUAUGCUAAAUGUCAAAAGGACUUUGAAUCACUGUGCACAAUUGUUACUGAGGCUCUCUCCACAUCUACAGAGACGUACCCCAUGUUCAUCUUUGCAGAGGGACACAGUCAAGAACAUGAGCGAAGCAACACACCCACAAACAACAUCACCUACAUCCAGAGGAAGGAUGAGCUGAGAAGAGUCGACACCAGCAACAGCAUGGACGAGUUCGUUCUGUUAUGAACAGAAGAAAAUUAAAACCUGCUCCAAGGGGCGUUGGAUGAUCAAAGAUCUCACAUGGAUGUGAAGUUUAGACUGUGGCCACUACUGAGCAUGAGAAGAAUGUCCGGCUCAUUAAUAUAUAUAUUUAUUGUUUUAAGAUGAAACUGAACUUUGUGAGAUAAAGGAUGAUAAUUUUAUUAGUGUUUCUUCAUAAAUCCACCAAGUCUUCUUCUUGUACUUAAUCUAUUCAAAUGAAUUUACCAGAGACAAAAGUAAAUAACGUGUUGGGCUACAGAGCCUCCUACUGUUUCAGGUCAUGUGACAGGAUGUGCUGCCGUUGAAUAGAGUAGAAAAUUGGACACUUGUUAAAAUGUGACUCACACAUGAAUAUAUAUAGAUUAUGACUUCACUGGAUAGAUAGUCAAAAUGCUGUGUAGGAAUAAAGCUACCAAAGGUUUUCUCAUGAGCUGGAUUAUUAUUAUUAUUUUGUGGUAUUUUAUCCAAAUAAACACUUUAGAAAGUA